AUGGCAAGCACCGCAAAGUUGGAUAUGUCGCAAUCGCGCGUUGCUUCGGCUCCUGCGCCGCCCGUGAAAAAGGUUCAUUAUCCGUUCUGGUUCGGAGGCUCGGCCUCGUGCUUUGCGGCCGCCGUCACACACCCGUUGGAUCUUGUGAAGGUCCGCCUACAAACACGUGGUCCUGGUGCUCCCUCGACUAUGGUGGGCACCUUCGGCCGUGUCUUCAAGAAUGAUGGAUUUCUGGGUUUAUAUAGUGGGCUAUCGGCAGCCCUCUUGCGACAGAUCACGUAUUCCACCACCCGGUUCGGCAUCUACGAGGAGCUUAAAUCGCGCAUCUCGACUCCCGACUCGCCUCCCGGUCUCCUCACCCUGAUCGGAAUGGCCUCUGCCUCCGGCUUCCUCGGCGGAAUCGCUGGAAACCCGGCCGACGUGCUGAACGUGCGCAUGCAGUCCGACGCCGCGCUUCCCCCAGCGCAGCGACGAAACUACCGCCAUGCCUUCCACGGUCUGGUGCAGAUGAGUCGCACUGAAGGGCCCGCGAGUCUCUUCCGCGGCGUGUGGCCCAACUCGACGCGAGCCGUCCUGAUGACCGCCUCGCAAUUGGCCUCCUACGACACCUUCAAACGCCUCUGCAUCCAGAAACUCGGCAUGUCCGAUAACCUGGGCACUCACUUCACGGCCUCCUUCAUGGCCGGCUUUGUCGCCACCACCGUCUGCAGUCCCGUGGACGUCAUCAAGACUCGCGUCAUGAGUGCCUCGCCCGCCGAGAGCCGCGGCCACAACAUCCUGGGGCUUCUCCGGGAUAUCUCCCGCAAGGAAGGAUUCGGCUGGGCCUUCCGUGGCUGGGUGCCCAGCUUCAUCCGUCUGGGCCCUCAUACCAUCGCCACAUUCAUCUUCUUGGAAGAGCACAAGAAGCUGUAUCGCCUGAUCAAGGGCAUCCCCGAGGACAAGCAAAAAGCAUAG